UAUUAUAAAUAUCAUCGUAUACAUACUCCCAUCACACCACAGCCUGCAAGCAACCAUGCAACCUCUCACCAUCGUCUCUCUAAUUGUGGCUUCACUCUUUCUCAUUGCUUGUUGGGCACUAUCACCCAAGACUUUGAAGAACUUUCCACCAGGGCCACCAAAACUACCUAUUAUCGGAAACAUACACCAACUCAAAAGCUCCACCCCUCAUCGAGUUCUUAGAAGGUUAGCCAGGAAAUAUGGCCCCAUCAUGUACCUACAGCUCGGCCAAGUCUCUACAGUUGUCGUGUCUACACCUCGACUAGCUCGAGAGAUCUUCAAGACCAACGAUAUCUGCUUUGACGACAGACCGACCAGCACAGCCUCUCAAAUAUUCUUUUAUAACGCUCAAGACAUUGGGUGGGCUCCUUGCGGAGAAUACUGGAGACAGAUGAAGAAGAUCUGCAGAUUAGAGCUUCUAAGUGCUAAAAAGAUUCGAUCUUUCAGCUCCAUUCGGGAAGAGGAGCUUAGUCGUAUAACUAAGGUUUUUGAAUCGAAAGCCGGAACACCCGUCAACUUCACGGAAAUCACUGUGGGGAUGGUGAAUAAUGUGAUAUGCAAGGCUACGUUGGGAUAUUCUUACAAAGACCAGGCUACACUGAUCGAGCUAUUGCUUGACGUGUUGAAAACUUUGAGUGCUUUCAAUCUAGCAUCGUAUUAUCCCCGUCUACAGUUUCUUGACGUGAUUUUGGGGAAGAAAGCCAAGUGGUUGAAGAUGCAUAAAAAGCUUGAUGGCAUCUUGGAAGAUGUGUUAAAGGAACAUAGAGCUAGAGGAAGAAACAAUAACCAUCAGGAAGAUCUAGUUGAUGUCCUGUUGAGGGUGAAGGAGACCGGUGACAUGGAUUUCAAGCUCACGGACGAACAUGUCAAAGCCGUUGUUCUGGAUAUGUUGGCUGCUGGAACUGAUGCAUCUUCGACAACACUUGAAUGGGCGAUGGCGGAACUCAUGAGGAACCCUCAGAUUAUGAAGAGAGCACAGGCAGAAGUGAGAUCAGUGGUGAAGGGAGACACAAUCACGGAAACCGAUGUACAGAGUUUGCAUUACCUGAAACUAAUAGUAAAGGAAACAUUGAGGUUACAUGCUCCUACACCAUUGUUAGUACCCAGAGAAUGCCGGCAUGACAUCAACGUCGGCGGAUAUGAUAUUCCGGCCAAGACUAAGAUAAUAGUAAGCGCCUGGGCUUGUGGAACAGACCCUGAUAGUUGGGAAGAUGCCGAAAGCUUCUUUCCAGAGAGAUUUGAGAACUGCCCGAUCAAUUACAUGGGUGCAGAUUUUGAGUUCAUUCCAUUUGGUGCUGGCCGGAGAAUUUGCCCAGGAAUUACAUUUGGGCUGAGUAUGGUUGAAUACCCACUUGCUAAUUUCUUGUAUCAUUUUGAUUGGAUGCUUCCAAAUGGAUUAAAACCGCAUGAGCUUGACAUCACAGAAAUCACAGGGAUUUCUACAUCGCUCAAACAUCAUUUGAAAAUCGUCCCGAUCCCCAAAGUCCUUAGCAAAGUAAGAUAAGCUUCAGCUUUAAUUGGAUUGGUCGUGCAUUUGUUGGGGCUCUCGUCAGUGUUCCUUCUUGUUGUUCCUUCUUGUCGUAUCAUAUGCCUGUACUUUUUUCAUGGAUUCGCAAUAAUAUGUUUAAUUUUCAUUUAUGCGUGACAAU